AAACGAAGAAAAAGAAAAUGAACAAAGAAAAGGAACAAAAGAGAAAAAAAGAAAAAAAAAAAAAAAAUGAAGAAAAGAAAGAGAAUGAAGAAAAAGGAAUGAAAAAAAGGAACAAAAGAAAAGAAACGAAGGAAAGAAAAGAAAUGAAAUGA